CUAAGAAGAAGCAGGAUAUAUCGAUCAAAGGGGAGAUUGGGGUCGGUUCUCUCCCUUCUCCCUCACCCAGGAAAGGGUGUGGCUUGCGGUGUGUGACCCCCCCGCACCGGAGUUUCACCGACAGCUGUGCUCCGCCGGUUCCGCCGUUGCAACAAGAAGCGAAUCUGACCUUCUGUUAUCGAUGGAGAUCGAGUGCACUGGUCAAGGAUGAAGAGCAGCCCCCACAGGCCCCUGAUUCUCAAAAGACGGAAACGGUUUCUCCCACAGGGUGAUUCAUCUAGCACCCUGGUAAGAGAUGAACCAAAUGGUGGCUCUCCUAAACGAAAACAGGCAAGAACCAAUAGGCAUGACACAAAAAUACAAGACUCUGAAAUUCAGGAUGUUCUUCCAGGAAUUAAGAUCAUUAAUGACUCUACCAUGCCAAAUGCACAGGUAGUGACUAUUCCUCCUAAUACAGACAUCCAAAACAUCCUUGAGGCUCUGACAUCCAAAGGAAAAGAAUCACACAAUAAUGAGCCUAACAAGUUUAUUCACAUCAGUAGUGAUAUCAGCUCCAUCGCGAUGCAGACAAGAACAUUUAAAAAUGAAACCAGAUCCACAGAUGAGCACUAUGCUGCCAAUAAUGGAGCACUGAAAGAAGAAAAGUACAUUGGCCAAAACUUUGGGACAACAGGAGCAUCAACAUUUUGUACCUCGGAGUCACUGCCUAUGGGAGAAGAAGAACUGGAAGGAAAUGGCAGUGAAGAGACAGCUGGUUCUGACUUGGAUAACAGUCUGACAAACAUCCAGUGGUUGGGCAAGAUGAGCUCCAGCGGACUGAGCCCUUGCAAUGUGAAAAAAGAAACAGAGAAGGAGAACCAAACCCCCAAGCAGAAAACAGCAAAGGUUGAGGAAGAAUCUGCAGCUCCCUCCUCCUCUUCUUCAUGGCAAGAAUCUUUCCUAGAACGUCCCCCUUACUCUUAUAUGGCCAUGAUCCAGUUUGCCAUCAAUAGCACUGAAAAGAAGUGCAUGAUGCUGAAAGACAUCUACACCUGGAUUGAGGAUCAUUUCCCCUACUUCAAGCAUGUAGCCAAACCAGGGUGGAAGAACUCCAUACGCCACAAUCUUUCCCUGCAUGAUAUGUUUGUUCGGGAGACAUCGGCCAAUGGCAAAAUUUCCUUCUGGACCAUUCAUCCUGAAGCCAACCGCUAUUUGACACUGGACCAAGUCUUCAAACCGUUGGAUGCAGGGCCACCAGUAUCACCUGAGCUCUUGGAAUCACAGCAGAAACGGCACACCAUGGAUCUGCAAAAGAACGUGGGAGGCUCUAGUGGCAACAAAAGCGAGCCACGAACAGCUUGCCGAAAAAUGAAGCCCUUGCUGCCACGUGUCAGUUCUUACUUGAUUCCAAUCCAGUUCCCAGUGAGUCAGUCCCUCCUUCUUCAACCGUCUUCAAAGGUUUCUCCGCCUACAGCUCAAGGUGCCUCUGAGAAGAAGAGCAGCAAGCAGGUGCUCAUUGCUCCAAAGGUCUUCCCAUCCACUGGAGACCCCACAAGCUCCAUAAAGGUGGAGGCUUACUGUGGCGAAGAUUCAUCUUUGUUGACUUCCCACCCGUCUAGCAAGGAAGACGGCCCUCAGAUCAGCAGAGAGUCGUUCCCUUCUGCCCGGUCUGUUGAGAAGAAUGAGAGCUCUUCUUCCAGGAAAUGGGCUUCCCUGUUCUGCCCAGCAUUAUCUGUUAAAGAGGAACCAGUAUCGCCCGUUGAAGAGCUGAAUGUAUGCCUCCCAGGACCAUCUGUAAAGCAGAAAAGACAGUUUACAGCUCUCAAGUCACCACCACAGAGCACACUAUUAGACACCUCGGCUAUAAACAGGCAAGAGAGGCAUCAUGUAGGCAAAUCCAGAAGGAAACAACACUUAGCCAUGUCUUGCUCAGAGGAACCCCUACUGCUACUGCCAUCGAGUGGCAGUUCAGAUUCAUCCACACUGGAGCGUGACCUUCCCUUUGGGCAGGAGACUCCUCCUCUGAGAAACAUGGCCGACCUAACCUGCUCUCCAGGGGAAGGUGGUUCAUUUAAAACACCAGCAAAAGAGAUGUUGUGCAGGCUGCCAGAUUCUUCUAGCCCCAGCAAGACACCUAUACCAACACUGCCAUUUCUGGCACUUUCUGACACCUGGAGAUCAGCAUCCUCUGUCAAGGAAACAAAUGACCUGGAUAUCAGCCCGGCCAGAACUCCUCCAGGACCAUUAUUGUCCCUUCAGGAGAACGCAGAACUUCUGGGAAUUAGGAGCACUCCUCCAAGACACUCCCUGUGUGACUCCCCACAUUUGCCCUUCCUGAACGCAGGAGGCAAUGCUAUGGUCUCUGGGCCCUUAACGAGCUCUCCUGCACCCAGCAAACAGUCAUCUCCAAAGCUUCAGGAUUCCGUUCUUCCAGAAAACCAUUCAUUUCUGGAGGGGCUAGUCCUAGAUACCAUGAAUGACAAUUUGGGCAAAAUCCUACUAGAUGUCAGCUUCCCUGGUCUUGACGAUGACAACCUGGGUACUGAUUUGAGCUGGUCAUACUUAAUUCCUGAGCUGAAGUGAUUAAAAUUUAGCUCCGAGAUUCUGUAAACUGUGCACUGGAAAUAACCAAGGGGCACACCAGGAUAUGAUGUUAACUGACCACCUACCUUGUC